CUUUUGUUGACAGCACGUGUAAUCGCCAAAUGUCAAAACAACAUUGACAGCAACAUUUUUGGAAAUAGUUUUAGUGGUAUUUCUUUUAAAAUAUAAUAACAUUUAUUAAAUAAAACUUAAAUAAUGACUGCUUUCAAACCCUUAAAUGUCAAGAAGUACCCUAAGACGGGCCAGGUUGUUACGCCAGACACGGAGUAUUGGAAACGAUUGAGCGUUCCCACCUUGGCCAAGGAAUUUGGAGCCAUCGAUUAUAUCGACUUUUCACCCAUUGAACCACAUUAUUUUGCCGUAACCUGUUCCGUGAGAGUGCAAAUCUACAAUCCAAUUACGAAAUUAGUUGUUAAGAAUCUGUCACGUUUCCAAGAGACAGCGUACGGUGGAACAUUUCGUCAAGAUGGUCGUUUAUUGGUGGCCGGCGAUGAGCAGGGCCUGGUGAAGCUGUUCGACACGUCGAGUAAAAAUGUUCUGCGUCUUUUCAAGGGACACAAGGCUCCGGUGCAUAGAGUAAACUUUACAUCGGACCUGUUGCAUAUUGCCAGUUUCUCAGAUGAUAAAACAGUCAAAUUGUGGGACGUAGCAAGUGAAAAGUCUAUUCACACCUUUGCUGAACAUGAUGACUACAUUAGAGCUGGAACGGUAAAUCCCGUAUCCGCUGAUGUUAUUGUCUCUGGUGGUUAUGAUGGUAAAAUAAAUCUGUACGACACACGUACCAAAGAGGUUACCAUGAGUGUGGAUCAUGGCAGUCCCGUGGAAUCAUUGCUGUUCCUACCAACUGGCGGUAUAUUUUUAAGUGCUGGAGGUACCGAGGUCCGUGUUUGGGAUGCAUUUGCUGGCUGUCGUUUGCUGACAAAGCUAUCACAGCAUCAUAAAACUGUAACUUGUUUGCGUCUGGGAUCAAAUGGCAAACGUAUACUUUCUGGCGGCUUAGAUCGUCAUGUCAAAAUCUACGAUGUAUCUACAUAUCAGACAGUGCACACUCUAGAUUAUCCCAAUGCUGUGUUGAGUUUGGGUGUUGCUCCCAAUGACCAAACAGUUGUAGCUGGUAUGGUUGAUGGUUUGAUAUCAAUACAAAACAUGGAAGCUCCCGCCCGUUCCAAAGAAGUGAAAUCACGUCGCAUUGCCAAAAUAACCGCUUCAAAAUCUUCCAAUAUUGCUAUUGAUCAUCAAAUUACCGAAGAACAAAGACAACGUUUAGACAAAUACGAUAGACAUUUGAAACGCUACGAAUAUAGUAAAUGUUUGGAUUCGGCUCUGGGCAUUGGAUUGUCUACCAAAUCACCGGAAUUAAUUGUUAGUGUAAUGCAAGAACUGAUACAUAGAAAGGGUUUGAAUCGUGCCCUUUUUCCCCGUGAUGAUUCUACGUUGUGUCAGAUCAUUGGUUUCGUUUGCCGGUACAUCAGUGAACAUCGUUUUACGCGUGUCCUAAUUGAUGUGGCUACCACUUUGCUCGACGUUUAUGAAGAUAAAAUACACACACUUUCCAAUGGUGUGGGUAAAAAGUUCCUGGAAUUAUCUUAUGUUUUGGCACGUGAAGUUGCCUUAACUUAUGAUUUAUUGGAAUUGCAAGGCUCUUUGGAACUGCUAACAGCUGCCGCUGAUGUUUCCAGCAGUCAGGAUGAUGUUAUACAUUUUGUCCAAGAUAACAGUAGAACGUCUAAUUUGAAGCAAUCCGUUAUGGCAAAGGAAUCAUCUGUGGUCACGGUAUAAUAUUUAAUAGAAAAGAUAAACAAUACUAUUUUGUUUAGCGUAAAUCAAUGCUAUGUAUGUAUUUAGAUUUAAGUUUUGUUAUAGAAUAAAAACAUAGAGUUUUACACGGAA